GCCGAAUCGCUGCUGUUCACCGCGGUCAUUCGAUGCAUUGAGGGGGUCUUUGGCACCGCCUUGUGGCACAUCACUUUGGGAGCCGCGACUCCGCUGUCCAGGCUUCAACAAUGGACCCGCUGGCGAGCAAAACAUCGUCAAACCGGGAAGUACGACUUGAAAAAGGUGGCAGCUGGUGCAUUUUCUUCCUACGUGUCAAGUGGUGCCUUUCACGCUGCAGCCGAGCUCAUCGCGGAGGCGGCGGUGUCAGAAGCCGAUGUCCAGAGGGCUUUCUGCAAGAUCGGCGUGCACUCACCUUUUUUAUCCUAUGUGAUGUUCCGGGAUGUCCAAAUCUUUCACCCGCACCUGCCAGAUUCUGAUUUUGUGGGCGAUGGCGCAGCGGACUGCUUGGAUGAGAUCCAGACUGGAGAUGAAGAUCCAUCGACACGGCUGCAGAAGCUCACAGAGCGCAUUGAGGCUGAGUUCCCGCCGGAGGAGAUAUUCUUAAGUUGUAACGUUGGGUAG